AAGUUUAUUAAGCCGUAAAAGCCAGUGUUUCGGUUGUUGACAAGCCAUAACAACACAACAUAACAUUCGGCUUUCAAUUCAUUUUUAUAUUAAUUAUCUCUGUAAAAGUUUAGUGUUAUUUCUUUUGUGAAUUAUAAAAGAGUAGCGGCAGGUAUGGCGCGUAUAGUUGAAGACGUAUUUGGUACGGCCGUUAAUCCGCUCACCGAAAAAAUCGAGCAAAUUAAACGUUUUACAUUGGCGAACAGUACGGAAAUGUCAGUGCAGAUUUGUACAUUGGGUGCCACCGUAACCACUAUUAAGGUACCGGAUGCAAGUGGUCAGAUAGACGAUAUUGUUCUUGGAUAUGACGAUGUUGCAGGAUAUCAAACCGCAACAAAUCCCUAUUUUGGCGCCACAAUUGGUCGUGUUUGCAAUCGUAUUGCUAAUGGUCAUUUUAUGUUGAAUGGUCAAGAUAUUCAAGUAUCUCGAAAUUUUAACAAUAGACAUCAGCUGCAUGGCGGUUUUCUUGGUUUUGAUAAAAUGCAUUGGCAGGUGCUUGAAGCGAAUGGCGAUGGGUUGACAUUGCAACAUUGUUCGCCGGCUGGUCAUGAAGGAUAUCCGGGCCAAGUUACCGCAACGGUAAAAUAUACAUUGACCGAAGACAAUUGUCUGCAUGUGAGGAUGCAGGCAAAGACAACGAAAACAACGAUUGUCAAUAUGACAAAUCAUUCCUAUUUCAAUUUGGCCGGACAUGGUGCUGGUAGAGAAGCAAUGCUUGAGCAUUCCAUUAUGAUUAAAGCCGAUCAAAUUACCGAAACUGAUUCUGAUUCGAUACCAACUGGUCGUUUAAUUAAUGUCGCUGGAACUCUAUUUGAUUUGAAUGAGCCAACGCAACUGGGCGAACGGUUACAGCAAUUGUUAAAUGGCUAUGAUGAUAAUUAUUGCGUAAAACUUAACGAUAACAAUAUAACCACAAUCGCUAGAGCUUAUCAUCAGAAAUCUGGUAGAUGGUUGGAAAUUGCUAGCAAUCAACCGGGCGUGCAAUUUUAUACCUCAAACUAUAUGCCGGAUGUUAACAAAGGAGAGAUACCACUUAAGGGUAAAGAAAAUGCCAAAUAUGUGAAACAAGGUUCAUUUUGUUUAGAGACUCAAAAAUAUCCGGAUGCUGUUAAUCAUCUCGAAUGCAAAAGGGAUAGCUAUAUAGCUAUAUAGCUGUAGCAGUGUUUUAAUUACCAACGAUUGCGAAAGGCCUAAUGGUCUUUUCUACUUUUCCAAGCCAUACAAAAGCGCUAUGUAAAUAACAUUCGCAAUAUUGAAUGAAGCGUGUCUAUGUGUGCGUUUGUUAUAUGUAUAAUG